AUGUCAAAAAAUGCCAGGGUGAAUGUAAUUGGUGCCGGUGUUAUUGGCCUUACCUCUGCAUUACUUCUUCAAAGAAAUGGUUAUCAAGUUAAGAUUCUUGCUAAACAUUUUCCUGGAGAUUUAAGUAUUAAUUAUACUAGUCCUUGGGCUGGUGCCGGUUGGCUUCCAAGUCUUAUUCUUGAGAAAAGAUUACAAGAAUUUCAAGCUGUAGGUUUCAAAAUAUUUUGGACAUUAAGCGAAAUUCCUGAUACCGGUGUAAAGAAGUUUCUUCUCUUAGAUUUUCUUGAAUCCGAACCUAAAUUUGAAAAUGGUGAAUGUUGGAUAAAAAACGUAGUUCCUGAUGUGUUUACAAUCAAUGUCGAUAAAUAUUUACAUUGGUUAUUAAAUCAAUUUACUUCUGCCGGUGGUAAAACUCAACGAAUUUACAUUAAUCAUAUAAAUGAAUUAAUGGAAAACAAUAAUGUAGAUGUCAUAGUGAAUUGCACUGGUAUUGGAGCUAAAACAUUAGGUGGGGUAGAUGAUCUAAAUGUAUUUCCUUCGAGAGGUCAAACAAUAUUGGCUUGUGCUCCUCAUAUUAAAAAAGUUUAUAAUUGUUAUGGAGGUAAAGAAUUUACUUAUGUUAUUCCCAGAGAUAAUGAUAUUGCAAAAUCAAUUAUUAAACGAUGUGUUGGACUCGUUCCUGAAUUAAUACCAAAUGAUAGUAGGAAUAAUGCAUCCUUACAAAAUUUGAAAAUAAUAAGUCAUUAUGUUGGAUUAAGACCCUCAAGAAAAGGGGGUAUUAGAAUUGAAAUCGAAUCAAGGAAAAAUGAAAAAGGAAGAGAAAUUAUUAUUUUGCAUAACUAUGGUCAUGAUGCACAUGGUUAUUCUUUUAGUUGGGGAACAUGUCAAAAAGCAUUAGAAUUGCUUGAAUAA